AUGAGGGGCAGUUCUGGAUACAUUCAAAGUCCUGGAUAUCCUGCAGUGACAACUGACUAUACCCCUUGUAAAUGGCAGAUAGAAACACCAAACGACAAUGUCAUUGUAUUGUCUCUACAUGACAUUGCAGUCAGCAGCUCUACAGGCACCACUGACAACUGUGAUGGAGGCUUGACCGUGUCUGGUCGAUCAUGUGAUGGUGAGAGCUCUGUAUUUGUACGAAGGUCCCUCUGUGGGGGAGACAACUUAACGAGUCUCGUCAGAUGUGGCAAAGUGGACAUAGAGUUGUCUCCAUCUCUGCGAGUCUAUCCACUGAGGUUUUGGCUGUCUUUUCAUGUACACUCCAAGAAUCAAGUUUCCAACUUUCAGGCAUCUCUGUUACCUUGUUCAGGCUGGAUCUACGAUAUGGAUUCAGAAAGUAGACACAACCCUAAGGAUAUUGUAAAUGCAGAAUCUACUACGAUUCCUGUGCUAACUGGUGCAGAAAUAAAUACUGAGGUUCUCAUUAUUAUGUUAUCGAUAAUAAGUGGAAUAUCUGCUGUGCUACUUAUCAUCUUAAUCGUUGUCUGUGUUCGGUGUCGUCUUCUUCAAGCUUCCCAAACUGAAGGAGUGUUUAGUGACCCUAGUCCAGGCUUACAAGCUCAUUACAAAUAUAUAUCUUCCCUGGAACCUGAGAAAACACGCCCACAACUGGCGGAUGGUUAUUGUGAGGUCGCUGAUGCAUUGCCGUUCACACAGAGAGGGGAAACCCCUACAUCGCCAGCAUAUGCAGAAGUGGAACAGUUUGCUCACCUUAGAAAAACACUUUGGUUGUCUGCAUCCGAUGAAGGCUUGCGGGGAUUAAAACCUCAGCCAGGAGAGCUUGUCCAGAGUGACACUGAAGUAAAGUCACCAGGCGAAAAACAGCCAUAUGUUUGUCUUGUGAAAACAGAGAAGCCAAAAUAUGGCGUGCUUAGUCGGCGUAAACAUGGCAAGGAUAAGCCAGAUAAAGCAAAGAAUUCGGAAAACCGGAAAAGCUCCGGACCCAAGAUUAUAAAUGCUACUGUGAAUAAGCAGUCACCAAAAAGUGCUUCUGAAUCUCCUAAUUCACCAACUGGAACACAGAUCUCAAGUGUUGGUGAUGAUUCCGCCACAUAUGAACAGAUUGAUGAAUUUUCCCCCAUAAAAGGAUCCUGUGCAUUAGACCAAAGUUCACCAGCUUCAAAUAAACACCAGCCUUCAAGUAAAAACAUCACGGAUGGCAUGUCCAACAGCAGCUUGCCUGAAAAUUGUUCAAAAACUCUGGGGAGAACCAAAGACAGUACUGCUGAAAAACCCACUGACAGUCAACAGCUCAGCCCUGCACCAACAGAAACUUACUCACUGACUGCGCCAAAGAAGCCUCCUCGUCUGAAUACCAGCAGCUCAUUAGAUUUUAUUAAAGGAAGUAAGACUCUGCCAAGUAAAAGCUCAAAAGCACAAGUACAAUCUUUGGGAAACAAAACUGGCUACAACAGUUUUUCUGGCAAGGAUGUGCCUCAGGCAACUGGCAUUGUGAAAAAUGGGAUUAAAAAGUUUGAGCAGAGUAUUUCCUUAACAUAA